AUGCGCGCGGCCUUAGCUCCCUCGACCAAGGCUGGCGGUGUCGGCGGCGGCUCGGGUACCAACCACAUCUUUCGCUAUCCGCAACACUGCGCAGCAGUAGCCCCUUCCGGCAGCGCUUGGAGCCGCAGAAGCGCGUUGACACCCGGCCGUGCGGCUCCCCGAAGAGGAGGGUUGGAGUCGUCUUCCGCCGGUGUCGGUGUAUUGAGUAUGUCUGGCGGAGGCACCGACGGGGGGCCCGCCGGGGCGCAAGAUAAGAGGAAGUCCUUUUCCCCGGAGGAAGGAGUAUCCAAGGGCGGGGUGGAGGGCGACAGCAAGGUUAAGGUGCCCUGGGUGUCCUGGGUGUCCCUGGCGAUGCUGCUACUGGUUUACAUCAGCAAUCAGUGGACUAGGAGCCUCGUUUACUACGUGCAGAACUUCGAUGUGGCGACGACCGAAGCUACCGCCAAGGAGUUCAUGAACGUCAGCCUCGGGUUUGACGAGACUCAGUACGGGUUGCUGGCAUCAUUUAGCUUCACCCUGCUCUUCAGCACCUGCAGCCUCAUCGCCGGCCGCGCCGUAGACGUCGUCAGCCGCAAGACGGCGACCGUGGCGUCGUGCCUGGUCUGGUCCGCGAUGGCCGCGGGCACCUCUGUCGCCAACGGCUUCCCCACCGUCUUUGGGCUCAGGGUUCUGCAAGGCUCUGCCCAGGCAUUCACGACGCCGGCCGCCUACACGAUGAUCAGCGAUCUGUUUCCGGCGUCGGUUCGAGGGACAGCGAACUCCAUCUACUCGUCCGGGGUGUACUUGGGGGGAGCGUUGGCGAGCUUGUCUUUGCUGCUCAACGGCGCGAUCGGAUGGCGCGACAGCCACCUCGUGGUGGCAGCCGUAGGCGUGGCCGUCGCCGUCCUGUCGGCCCUCCUCAUCCAGGAGCCGGCGAGGGAGUUCCCCACUGCCGGUGAACCCGGCGCGGGGGACAACACCGCCGCUACGGGUGGUGACAAGGGUGGCGGCGGUGCGGGAGAGGAGUCGGAAGAGAGGGAAUCGUUUCAGGAGGCCCUGGGUAUCGUUUUCAAGUCCAACACGGUCAGGCUGGUAUUCCUGGCAACGGCCUUCCGGUUCUGCGCUGGCUUCGGCAUUGGGGUGUGGUGUGCCCCCUUCUUCCGAGGGCGUUUCCCGUCCAACUCUUCUGAGUACGCCGUCCUCAACGCCUUCGUCGUGGCGGGCGGAGGCCUCCUCUCGUCGUUCCUAGGGGGCGUCGUUUCGGACAAGUACUCUGUCGAGGACCCGCGGGUGCGUGCAUGGGUGCCGAUGGCAGGGUGCAUCCUCGCCAUUCCGUGCUGGAUCGGGGUCGUCACCGGGACCAACUUCUAUGUUUCGCUGGCCUUCCUGCUGGCGGAGUACAUAGCGGCGGAAUGUUGGUUCGGUGGCACGGUGACGAUACUGCAGGAGGGCCUUCCGCCCAACGUGCGAGGCGUUGGCCAAGGGGUGUUCAGCACACUGUCGGCGUUCGGAACGCUGGCUCCUCCGCUGAUGGGGUACUUGAUCCGACAGGGGGGAUUCGAGCUGCAGGACGUCCUCCUCUACACCGUGGCGGCCUUCUACGCGAUCAGCGCCCUGUUUUUCUUCUUCGUGGGGGAGUCGGUGUUGGCUGACCACAAGCGAGACGGCAAGCUGAAGGAGGCUUGAGGUAGCGGCGUAGCGUGAGCCUGCAGAGUUGGCGCGUCUUGAAACGCGUCCCUUUCUUGAUAUUGCAACAACGAAUUUGAUGCCAAUAACGAUUUUCCUCUGGCGGAGGAAGUACAAGGACUAUCAUUGGUCGGAAUUAUGUACGCGGACUGUCUUUACCGUGCAGAGACGCAGAGGCGACGCUGGGAGGGGCGGGGAGGGGGUAGUUGGUCCAUCGUUGGGUCUAGAGGAAGUGCCUUGGCAUUAGGUGGCGUGCAUAUAAGAUGGUGAAGAACGUAGCUUGGUGUCGGAAGGGCUCAACCCUUAUCGCGGUGUCUGAUACACAUGAAACGUUUUUGGCCGCUGUGCCCCUGUUCGAAACGAUUUCCAUCCGUUGAUACCCCAUGCUGGUGCUGUGCGCGAAGGUUCACUGAACAGAGUUUCUGUGUAGGGUUCGUCCUGUGUACCCCCCAGUUGGUACGUCCACGUAUUUUACCGAAACGCGUAGUCUUGACGUCCAGAAAAACGCAGAAGUGUGUAUAGCGUGCGUGUGUGAGCAGUAAGGGGGUGGUCGACAAGUCUACAAGCCCUUGUUGUAGGCAGUCUUGAUUCGGCACGUGCACGUACAUGAUAUGGAUGGAUGCCUCGUCGUACGUGAUACUUAUUUUGUUGAACAGGCUACGAUGCCUUAACCACAUGUUGCUGUGUCAGGAUCCGGCGGCAAGAAUUCUUCGCACGUGAUUCUGGGCGCGUUGUGUCCUUGCGAUGCUUGAGGCCCGUGGUAAACCGCGAAACACGAUGCACACACACGUGCGGUGCACAGCAGUGGUGCGCGUUGUCGUUUUGAAGAGCAUGGUGUUGUCAUCGCCCUGUGGUCGCUUGCGAUGGAAUCGCGUUUUGUACAUACCGUUUCGCUUUGUUCGCUUCUCGCUUGUUCCCGUCCGUUCAACGACGACUCGCCGACGGCAUGUCUGUCGUCGGAAUAGGCAAUCAACCUCUCGAACCAGUAAUUAAUCGAGGAGUCGAUAAGCUCACGUAAUAAGUGUAUUCAACGGAGACAAGGUUGCGCUCCAUGCAUUCAGCAGAUAGAUGGAGAAGCGGGACACAUGCGAGCACGGUUGCUGUUGACGCCCAAUGGGUGGGGGUGUGGUGUCAUCAGCGAAGGGUCUCAACUUUUCAGCCGACGCACGACAUAGUCUAGAACAUGACUCGGGGGGAAUCGUCGUCGACAGACGUCGGGUAGGGUAUAUCGUACCCUCUAUGCAUAAGUAUGAUGGAUGGUGCUGUCGUAAAUACCCCCCCAUCUUUUCUAUUUGCGUGUCUUCUUUUAGGCAGCAAGCAGACUUCAUGACUAUAUUAACCUUUUGGCUGGUGGCGAGUCGAUUUUUUUCCACUCCUCACGUUGUCAUGUGCGUGUUUUCUCGAACGCGGACCGGCCACCGUCGCCGCGUGAUAGAAUUAUCAACAAGUUCGACGAUCUGAUGUCGGUCCCCUAUUAUUCCACGUUUUCCUUUCGUUUUUCGUUAUCUUUUUCCAAAUAGAACAAAUUUUCUGGCUAGUUUACAAAUCUUUCGGGGUACCAUAUGUUAUCAUAUCAGCCCGGGUCAAACAGGAGGAAGGUCACACGGGAGCGCUUCUUGUUAGUUGUUGCUUUGCCUGUCCUCCUGCGGUAUAGUCUAUGGUUUAGUUCAGUUUUUGUUGCGAGAAGGGUUACGUCUUCCCUCUUCUUCCCUCGUCAGUCGUUAAUAUGCAACGAAAGGUGCAUAAAUUGUCGCUUUCGACUUCAAAAUUGUAGGCAAAAAAAAAACUCCAUGGAGCAAAAUCGAGACCACAACCUGCUACAAGUGUGUGUGUGGGGGAGGGCGUCCUCAUAUGUUUUGCAUGCCUUAGCGGUUAGACCAUUGACCACGCGUCCUCGAGAGGGCGGAGCAACCUUCUGCUAGUGGGAAGCGGGAUUUGAAGCCGGGGUCCGUUCCAACACCAUCGUCGGGCUCUUUUCGUGGACGCCGAUGUGAAAAAAGUAAACCGUCCUCGCCAGACGUCGGGGAGUUUGAACCCCUUCAUGGACGGACGUGAUCUGAAUACGUCGACUAGACCUCGAAUUCCCCAACUCAGUAUUGACAUGCCCAUCCACGCGUUUUACCCUUGUCAAUCAAAACAGAAUCAAUCCGGCCGUCUAAUUAAUCUAUAACAGGGUCCUUUUGCCAGUCACGUACUUAUUGAAGCCAUCUAAGGCAUCUACAUAGUUAGCCGCUGAACCUACACAAACUGCUGUAGUAUGCAAUCUCCAAAUCACUUAAAAAUUCUGUUGGGCCCUCGAUUGCACCAACCACAACAGUGUGAGUGAGUUUUUCUCUCGCUAAAGUGGUAAUUUUCAAGGACCCGAUUGUGGUUGUCCCUCCAUAACUUUUGACUGAGAUCGAAAAAAAAAAAAAACAAGACAGCUUCAGAACGCCCGUAGCAUGGCGCAAAAGAGUAGCGAGUCGCCAGAGAAAAGACCAAAAAAAAAAAGUGCUGGCGGCGGGUCUCGAACCCCCGACCUUAGCCCGCGAGAAACUUUUCACCCAUAUAUUUACGUACCCAGAUUUUUGUUUUUCACGUCAACACACCUACACGUGUACCGGGAGACCCUGAACCACUUCACAAAUGCCUCUGCCGCGCCUAUAGCGUACCUAUAUCACCCGCUAACGUACUUCCGUCGCAAAAAUGUGCCAGCUUUCAACAAACACGUCGCUUUUGUACAACAUUCCAUCCAGAAAAACAGGGAAAAAAACUGAAAGAGUUCCGCUCAACGAACAAGAAUGCGCCAUCCAUCU